AUGGCCUCGCUACGGGCACCUUCAGCCCAUUUUCUCUCAGCCUUCCUGCCCGUCGCUCGCGCCUCUCUUAUUCCACAACAAGCAGUCCGGCGCAUACCUCUGCUUCAUCAGAUUCAACAACGACUCAAUGCUACGAUACUCCCCGCUGCACUGGUCCCAAUCCCUGCAUUACUAGGAGAGCUGUGGGAUGGAUUACUCAAGGCAGUACCGAAGAAGAAGACCAGUCAUAUGAAGAAGCGUCAUCGGCAGAUGGCUGGCAAGGCGCUCAAGGAUGUCACGGCAUUGAACAAGUGUAGCGCGUGCGGAAGGGUGAAGCGGGCACAUAUUCUAUGUCCGCACUGUGUGCUGAGUAUCAGACAAUGGUUUGGCAAUGGCUUCAAGAGCAAACAAGCUCUGCAACGAGAGAGGGCAGAGCAAUUUGAGAUAGACAACGCGAAACGUGUGGCGUUGGGAAAGAAGCCCAUGAAGUGGGUCGAGGACGAGGACACAAAGGCAUGA